CAUUUAUGCAUGGGGUGCGGUUCUACGCGCAUCCAUACAACACCCGUCUCGAAUGGAAAACAGAAUACUUACGCCGAUUAUCCGCUAGUUAGACGUUCUCACACUCAAUUUUCCCAUCUGUCAGCUACGAUACAGAAUGACGAAGAAAGGGUGAAAGUCGUUAUGAGCCCGGACUGCUCCAGUAUACAAAUAGAAACUGUCUCCUUUGGUUCGGAAGCCUAUUCGUCUUCACCUCCAGCAAUUGAAGUAGCUCAGCAGAGUUCCUCUCCAAACACUUCCGAUGUUAGAGCUAACCAUAGCGGAACAGACGAUGAGAAGAAAUCGGCUAAUCUCACUUCCAGUAGAUUUACUAAAGGCUUUUUUGAAAAAGGUCGGAAGAAAAGAUCAUCCGGACAGAAAUCCAAGUCUUUCGAAGAUGAAGUACGUAAGUAAGAAGAAAAGCAACAUUAACGACUUAAAAACAACCCCAAAAAUUGAGGAUUAUACUUAGGGAACAAACGAAACUUAAACUGAAUAAUAUUCAAAUAAAUAUACACUUAAAAUGUAUGGUUGUAUCUUAUGAUUCCCUAGUCAGCACCCCUCAGAGUCAAGGUUUGGUUACCUCCAGUGUUUAUUUAAUAGUAUACGCAUUUUUUUCUAUGUAAAAUAUGAAACUACUGUCUGCUCAUUUCUAAAACAAGCGUUGUGCCAAGAGCGGAAUUCGAGAGGUCGUCUCCGCAAACAAAACAUAUAACUGAUAUUUUAACAAAUAAAUGUAUGAAUUUGCAUAUAUUCUAUAUUUUGAAGACAUACAUUUAUCAUCAUUUAUAUCUUAACGACUGGUUUAUAUACACUGUAUAUAUUUAUAUAUAGAGAAUGUGAAUAGCAUGUAAACAUUAAAGAUAAAAAAGAAAUCAUUAUCUGCUCCUCUCUUUCCUUCUAAUUAGUUUUAAAUAACUUAACGCGCGAAUUGGUGAGGUUAGCAAAAAAGAGAGAAAAGGGUUUACGAAGCUGUUUACGGAUGUUGAAAAUCAAUAAUAUUUUAUUCAUGAGCAUAUAUUUAUAAAAUAGACUGAAAACUCUAAAAGAGAAAAGGGAGGGAGAGAGUGAGGUCGAGAGAGAGAGAGAGAGAAACAGAAAAGCAAAUGCGAAUGUUGUCUGAUCAAUAAAUCGUAAAGGACCAAAUAGAACACAGUGCAAAAUAAUACAAUGAUAGAGAAGUACACUACUACGAUUUACUAUUAGUACUAUUAUAAUUAAGAUCAUUAUGAUUUUAAACUAAUACAGUCAUUUUCAUAUUAUAUCUAAUCUCUGAAUAUUCAUAUAUGUAAA